GGUCGUGUCCGAGAUAAUAGCAGAAGUCCCCGGCGGACCAUGGGGCUGACGGAGCCGCUGCUCGCGCUGCUGUGGCUCCGCUGCGCUCUGCUCUGUGCAGCAGGCUGCAGUGAGCGAGUGGAGGUCCACACAGAGCGCAGAGGUGUGAUCUACAGUCCCUCCUGGCCUUUAAACUACCCCCCUGGAGUCAACUGCAGCUGGCAUAUCCAGGGGGGUCAGGGAGAGGUCAUCACCAUCAGUUUCCGUAGCUUCGACCUGGCGGAGUCAGGGAGUUGUGUGGGAGACUGGCUUCUGCUGACUCCAUCGUGGAGCGGGGAAACCAGGCUGUGUGGCUCCACGCUGCCGCCGCCCUUCAUCUCCACCAGGGGGCGUGUUUGGCUCUAUUUCCACUCGCAGGCCAACAGCUCCGGGCAAGCCCAGGGCUUCCGCCUCUCCUACAUCAGAGGUCACCUGGGUCAGAGCAGCUGUCAGUCUGAUGAGUUCUUGUGCGGGAACGGGAAGUGUCUUCCCCGCUCCUGGAAGUGCAACGGUCAGGAUGAAUGCGGCGAUGCCACCGACGAACGCAGCUGCUCCCCUCCUCCCACCGAGGCCCAGCCUGGCCUCUGCCCCCUCGGCUCCCUCCCGUGCACCGAGGCCCAGUCCACCCGCUGUCUGCCCGCCUCCCUGCGCUGCAACGGAGCCCGCGACUGUCCCGACGGCACCGACGAGCUGGGGUGCCCCGACACCACCUGUGGCAAACGUCUGGGGAACUUCUACGGCUCCUUUGCUUCCCCAGAUUUUUUCCGGGCUAACAGGAGCGCUGUUGCAGAGCUCAGAUGUUCCUGGUUGCUGGACACCCAGGACCCCAAGCCCAUCGUGCUGCAGCUGGACCUGCGGCUGGGGCCCGGAGACUCGCUGCAUGUCUACGAUGGCCUGCUGCAGCGGGCGGAGCACCUCUUACAGGUGCUGUCGUAUCAUAACAACAGGCGGCCGGCGCUACUGGAGUCGAGUCGGGGACAGAUGAGUGUUUUGUACAUGGCCCAGCCUAACAGCCCUGGACAUGGCUUCAACGCCACGUACCAGGUCAAAGGUUACUGUUUUCCCGGCGAGCGUCCCUGUGGCAGUGAUCAGGGCUGCUACUCUGAGCGCCAACGCUGCGACGGCUACUGGCACUGCCCGUCCGGCCGCGACGAAGAGGCUUGCCCGACGUGCCCAGACGGAGAGUUUCCCUGCGAGGGCGGCGCUGGAGGGUGCUACCCAGCCUCCGAGCGCUGCAACAACCAGAAGAGGUGCCCGGAUGGGUCAGACGAGAAGAACUGCUACGACUGCCAACCCGGAAACUUCCACUGUGGGACUAACCUGUGCAUCUUUGAGACGUGGCGGUGUGACGGCCAGGAGGACUGCUUGGACGGGAGCGAUGAGAGGGACUGUCUGGCAGCGGUGCCCAGGAAAGUGAUCACAGCCGCCCUGAUCGGCAGUCUGGUCUGCAGUCUGCUGCUCGUCAUUGCCCUCGGCUGUGCCCUCAAACUCCACAGCCUCAGGAGCAGAGAGUACAGAGCUUUUGAGACUCAGAUGACUCGCAUGGAGGCCGAGUUUGUUCAGAGGGAGGCUCCCCCUUCCUACGGUCAGUUAAUCGCCCAGGGUCUCAUCCCCCCGGUGGAGGAUUUCCCAGUAUACAACCCCACACAGGCCUCUGUGUUACAGAAUCUGCGGUUGGCGAUGCGCAGGCAGAUCAGACGUCACUCGACACGACGCACCAACUCCUCCUCCUCGCGACGCCGCCUCAGCCAUCUGUUGAGUCGCCUGUUCCGCAGCGGAGGGCGAACCAGAGGCCAGGCUCCCCUGCUCAACCCCCCCGGGCCCACACAGAUCACGCUGGGGCUCCAUAGCUACCGAACUGUGGGGGUUCAUGGGCCACAGGCAAGGGCCAGGUCUGGGGCCGGGCUCGGAGGUGAUGUAGUGGGCAUGCCGGGCUCCUGCUGCUCCACCACCAUGGACCUGGAGCUCUGCACGCCCGAGAGCCCCGCGUCACCCCUCUCCCUGCAGUCAGUGGACAGUCCAGAGGAGGAGGAACUUUCACCUGUCAGCAGGGAAAGCAGCAGGGCUCCACAGUCUGAGCCCCCCACCCCUGUUCAGAGUGACUCUUCAACCAAUAGCGGACCCCCGCCCUCACCCCAGGAAGCCUCCGUACCCCCAUGCCUCUCCCGGGCAUCUAGGAAACUGGUCCUGGAGCUCGCGGUUAACUUAAAGGGUGUUUCCCUGAGACGUUACUCCCCCCUGGGGCCCUUGUCCCCUAUCACACCCCCCGUGUUUCCCAACAGCUCGCAGACAUCUACGCCCCACCUUCACUCCCAGGGGCUGGAGGCUACUUCACCUUCCGAGCCCUCGUCUUCUUCAGUGAAAGCCGAGGACAGGGAUGGCCACUUUACCGUGGACGUGCCAAGCAGGGAAAUAAGAAGCAGGGAUGAGAGGAGGAGGGAGCGCAAGAGCAGGCUCUGCAGGUUCAGCAGGACCUUCAGCGAUGAGGGGGGAGAUUCAGGGAGGGAGACAACACCAUGCUGA